GUUGAACUUCCGGUAUUGUCGGUAAAGGUCGUCUGAAAAGUCGAAUAGAAAAUAGCGAAAAAUGCCAUCAAAUAUGAUAACAAGAAUACUUACUGGUCCUAGAUAUAGACAGCUAGCUCAAAAUUGGUAAAAAAAAUAAUGUUUUUGAAUUAAUCUUAUUUUUCAAUUUCCAUCUUAUGUUUAAUAGGGCAGGAACUAGUAUGACUUUCGGAGCAGGACUUGCGAUUCUUGUAGGAUAUGGAACAGAGUGGAAGGCCGUCAUGCAAUAUGUACCAAUCUACAGUCUGAAAUAUAAAUCGGAUUAAAAAAAACAAACAUUUUCAUUAACAUAAUUUAAAACUUUUAAAAUUUAUUGUAAAAUCUUGAAUAAAGGAUCACACAAUAAAUUAUUGUUCAUACAAGACAUGACAUGCUGUUUAUACUAUUACAAUAUUCGUUUAGCCAAACUCAACAUAGACUAAAUAAUGAAAACUUGAAGGAAAAGAAACAAAUGCGAUGUUAAAUCAAUAAAGUAAACCUUUCCAAAAGCGUUGUCAGAAUCAUACAAAUUGACUUAAUAAAAUCCGUUCUGUCCAUGAUAAUUAUACCCUUUUAAGCUUUUUCUCAUACCAGUUUAUAAUAUCAAUGUUCUUAAAGAGAAAUUUUAAAGUAUUAAAGUUAUUUAAGAGAAUAUUAAAAAUAUUAAAUAUUAAUAAUUUUUACUGAUAGAAAGAAAAUUGUUAAGAGAAAUUAAUAAUUUGUAAAAAAAAGAGUCUGCUGUGGAGACAGACUAUCGUGUUCUAAUACUAUUCAACACAAUUCACGCGAUGAAUAUUCAGCUUCUAUUGUAUUAUAUUUAUAUAGACCAAGGAAAAAAAAGAGUCUGAAACGGUGGCGCCUACGUUUUGAAGAAGGUAGUAAAGAUUUUAUUGAAAAAUUUCCAUUGGUAUAUAGCAACUCGUACCCAUAGUAAUAAGUUUCGAAUGCAAAUUUACUAAAUAUGAAAUAUCACAAUACAAUACAAUAAUAAUCAAUGGAAAAUGAUUCUAAAAUAUAUAUACUUAGCUAUUAUAGUUUCCGGUUAUAAAGAGACGUAUGGACGUAGUUCAAAGAAACAUAUUUUAGUAACCGGUGCCGCUGGCUUCAUUGGUUUUCAUCUAGCAAGAACAUUAACUUUGAAUUAUAACAUUUCAGUAAUUGGUAUAGAUAACUUUAAUAGCUAUUAUAACGUUAGUCUUAAAGCGGCAAGGGCUUUCGAACUUAAUAAAUUAGGAGUCGAAAUUUUCUACGAUGAUGUUUGUAAUAAACAAUUUUUAAGAAGUCUAUUUAAUAAAUACGAAUUUACACAUGUUAUUCACCUAUCCGCACAAGCUGGAGUGAGAUAUUCAUUGAAAGAUCCCCAUUCAUAUCUUAGACAAAAUGUCGAAUGUUUAAAAAUUUUAUUAGAUCAAUUGAAAGUACGAAAGAGUAUCAAAUAUAUUCAUGCAUCCUCAUCUAGUGUUUAUGGAAAAUUUGGUAAAAUACCAUUUGAUGAGUCAGAUAAUGUGGAUAGACCGGGUAACAUGUAUGCUGCUUCAAAGCGUAGUGGUGAAAUUUUAAAUGAACAUUAUUGCCGUUUAUAUGGAUUAUCUAUUAUUAAUUUACGAUUUUUUACUGUGUACGGACCAUGGGGCCGUCCUGAUAUGGCUGUGUAUAAAUUUGCUGAGUCGAUGAUGAACCAUAAGCCUAUACCUAUGUUUAAAGCUGAAGGAAGGAAGUUUCUUGCAAGAGAUUUUACCUAUGUAGAUGAUAUUGUAUCAGGAAUAAUAGGAGCAAUAGACUACAAGACGAAAGGCUGUAAAGAAAUUUUCAACCUUGGCUUUGGCAAGUCUCAAAGAUUGUCCAAUCUUGUAACAGCUCUUGAGUCUUCUUUGGGAAUCAAAGCUUUAAUUAAUCGUUUACCCGUACCUCCAACUGAAAUUCUACACACAUGGGCUAAUGUAACUCUUGCUAGAAUUCAUUUAAACUUCAAUCCUAAAACAAAUUUACAAAAUGGAGUCAGAAAUUUUGUAAAGUGGUAUACUAAAUGGCUAAAAGAGCCAAAGUCAGAAGUUGUAAAAUAUUAUUCAUUAUUACUCAGAGAAAAAUUAAGAAGGGACAAAUAUUUGAAAUUAAUAAAUCCUACCCUUGAAACUUUACCGCCAAAGAGCUGUUUAUUCAAGUCGUGCGAAGCAAAGGGUGGAAGAAUAUUUGUUGAGGUUGAUGGUUUAGUGAAAUUUAUUAACAGGAAAACUUACAAUAGGACAUUAUCCUUUUUCGUAUUUAAGAAUUCCUAUGCGGAAGGGGAAAUUGUUGGUUAUAUACCCAAGUUAAAGGAUAAUACGGAAGCUUUAGCGUCGGCUUGCGAGAAGGAUAAACAUUGCAUAGCAAUUAGUUCAAACGGCCUGAUGAAAGGUUCUAUACAACCUUCAACAGCAUGGAAGUUUUCCCCCUCAAAUCUUAUAGUCUUUGACGUUGACUAUUGUUCGUCGUCGCCCUAUAGCUGCCCAGAAAAUUCCAGCUGUACUCGUUUUGGUAUUGCAAACUAUGGGUGCAAGUGUCAUGAACAUUUUAUCAUGAGUGGUAAUAUCUGCAUUAAAAGUCUUGCAGAGGAUCGUCCAAUAAAAUCAUGAAGUCUUAUAAAGUUAAAAUAUCAUAUAUUGAUAAGACCUUUAUUGAUAUAUGGUUUACAUGUUUUUUUGCUGUUAUGAUGUUAAAAAUCAUUUUCACUAUUAUAGCGUCACUAUUCAUCUCGAAAAUAUUGAAUUGUUUCUUUCUAAGGCGUAUUUAUUCGCCACAAACUUAUGAAAAACUGAAAAACAAACAAAAAACUGUCUACUUCAGUCGAAAACAUCAUUUUUAUCAGCGAUGUAUUGAACUAUGUCGGCUGGUUUCAUUAAACGUUCGGCAUCCGAGUCAGGAACUUCGAAACCAAAUUCAUCUUCCAUUGCCAUAAUAACUUCAACAUGAUCUAAACUAUCCAAGCCGAGGUCAUUCAUAAAGUGACAAUCCAACGACAACUAUAUUUACAAGAACAAAAAAAAACGAAUUAAUCAAUGCAAAACUGAAUUCAUAAGAUAGUAUUAUAUAUAUACAGUAUAUAUAUAAAUUUAUAUAUGUAUUAGUAUAUAUUUUAUUGAACUUGGCGAAUAGUUUUCUUAUUGACAAUUUGGAACUUUAACAUUUUAGUUAUAUAGAUAUUUUGAUGUGCUCUAUUAAGUUAUUAAGCUUUCUAUGUCAAUGUAUUUGAGUUAUUGAUAACUCUUUAAAGAGAAUAAUAUUUAAAUGGAAUAUUUCAGUUGAAAAACAGACAAUUUAAAUUUACCUUUUCGGCAUCAAUUUU